UACAUCUGUAUUUUGCUGUGCUUCGUUCCGAUCGCCGUUCUCUGCACAAGGAAUACGGCCAAUCAAAUUCAAAGUAUAAUAUACACACGCGUGUAGCCAACAGCGGACGCGGUUUUCAAUCGACCAUUGGCGCCAAAAACAUGCAACCGAUCGAACCGAUGCAACUGCGAAUAAAACAAUUUUAUUACGCUCCACUCCAAUUGCCUUCCAGCAUAUUUUGAUAUAUCUGUUAGCAAAUCAGCAUUUUCACCACGAUUCGUCUUUAUCGUAUUCCCUAUUUUAAUCGAACCAACGCAUGUCAACAAUAGAGACUCGUUCUACUCUAUAAUUACAGUGUUAACCUCUCAAAAAAGACUUCACAAUGAAGUUUAAGUGUAAAAUGACUGACACUGGCGCUUUACGAGACUUUUCAAAUGUCGUUACAGUUAUAGCAAGAAUGGCAAAGAUGUGUGUCAUACGACUGACUUCAAACUCAUUUAAUUUUAAUCUUGCUGAUGACAGUACACCUAUGGUGUGGGCAAAAUUAGACAAAGAACAUUUUUUUGUAGACUAUCUGGUGUCAGGAAAGUCAGAAGAGUUCAAUGAAAUUUAUAUGGAAAUUAGUACAGCCAUACUUGUGAAAACUGUUGUUACAUUCAAAACAACAGCUAAAACCGUCAAGAUCAAAUUAACUAAUAAACAUCAACCCUGUCUCACAUUUGAUAUAGAACUUUCUUCUAUCAGUAGUGACACAAGAUUGUGCGUCCAUGACUUGCCAGUAGUCAUGGUUCCACAAAAAAAAUGGAAAGAAUAUAACGAACCACAAAUAGAACGGUUUGAUAUCUCUUUAGAUAUGCCUGAAUUCAAGCACCUGCGAGGAGUGAUGGAACGAAUAAAAAAUCUCAGCCCUACUCUAGUCUUUUCAGCCGAUACAAAUGGUACACUUAUGUUUACAGCUGAUGCAGAUGCAGCCACAAUAUCUGUGAAUUUUUCAAAUUUAGCUGUUCACGAUUGUAGUGCUGAAACCGAGACCAUUUCAGCCAGUAUUGAUAUUAAAAAAUUUCAUGCAUUGCUAGGAUGGGAUACCAUUCAUCCAACAAUUAUGAGAUGCAGUAUUUUGAGUGAGAGAGUGAUAGUUAUAAGUAUUAAUUUAGAAGAAUAUUUGCACAUAAAAUAUUAUAUACCAGCAAUUGCAUUGUAAUGCUUAGUUAGAUAAAUAUUUAUUUGUAAAUACAUGAAUUUUAUGCUGUGUUAAAUUAAAAAAUUUUUUAACUUAAUUCGUAAUAGAUCGUAUAGACAAAAAUUAUAGCAAUAAUCUGCUAAAUAUUUUAAUUCCUGUCAA